UCUUUUAAAAACCUGCUGUUGCUUAAUAUCGGAGAACUUAUUUAUUAUUCCAUUGGAGAAAAUGAAGCCUCUAAUUGGCUCAAUGCUUGCACAAUUAGCGAUUUUCGUGUUUUGCUUUGCGGGAGUUGCUCCAGAAGAUCCAGAGGCGACAAACUGUGGAUAUCAGCAAAAUCUUUGGUCUACAGUGCCGGAGUCAUUUAUAUUUACGACAACGUACUGUCAGCAGUUCGAAGAAGAAAGGACAGAAGAUUCAUCUACGUGGAGACAGCAUUCUUUUGGAAAUGGUGGCAAGACCAGGAAGAAUCCGACCGCCAAGUUCUUAGGGAGUUGAUAAACAACGGCCAAAUCGAGUUUACUGGGGGCGGUUGGUCGAUGAACGAUGAAGCUGUAACAAAUUACCAAUCAAUUAUUGAUCAAAUGUCGUGGGGGCUGAAGCGACUGAACGAUACAUUUGGAGAAUGUGGGCGGCCGAAAAUGGGCUGGCAAAUCGACCCAUUCGGGCACAGUAGCGAAAUGGCCUCAAUUUUCGCCCGACUUGGUUACGAUGGAAUUAUCCUCGGCCGCAUCGACUAUGAAGAUCAAGCAAACCGGAUCGCCAAUCGGACCAUGGAGAUGGUUUGGCGCGGCAGCACCAACUUAGGAACAUCCACGGAUAUUUUCAGCAGUGUUCUAUAUGAUCAUUAUGACGCCCCCAGGGGGUUUUGCUUCGAUAUUCUCUGCGACGAUGAUCCUCUGAUUGAUGAUCUUGAGAGUCCUCACUACAACAUUGAGGCUAAGGCUGAGGAGUUUAUACUGAAGCACGUGCAAAGUAGAGUUGGAAGUUUCCAAACCAGCAACAUUAUGGUUCCGAUGGGCAGGGACUUUGCCUAUCAACAAGCCGAAGCCUGGUUUGCGAACAUUGACAGACUAAUUAAGUACGUGAACGAAAAGGAGGUUUUCAACCACACCAAGUACCACUUGUUCUACUCCACGCCCUCCUGCUAUGCUGCGGCAGUUCAGCAGGAGUCAGCAGGGCUCAUUUCGGCGCCUCUGAAAACCGACGACUUCCUGCCAUACGCCAGCGAUUCGCAUUCGUUCUGGACUGGAUUCUACACUUCCAGGCCCACUUUGAAGCGAUUCGAGCGCGAAGCAAACGGUUUCCUGCAGGCGUGCAAGCAGCUGUUUUCCCUGGCGAAUCUGCCCUCUGAGCUCGAGCCCAAACUCAACCGACUCAGAGAAGCUAUGGGAGUGAUGCAGCACCAUGACGCAAUAACCGGCACGGAGAAACAAGUGGUCGCUUCGGAUUAUGCCCGAUUGUUGCACAUGGGAAUCACCCAGUGUGAAGACGUAACUUUCCAGGCCUUGUCAAAGUUCUCCAAAAUUGAUGCUGGAGACUUCCAACGAUGCCAACUGCUCAACAUCAGCGAGUGCGCUUUGAGUGAACAAGCCGAAAGGUUGACCAUCACCGUCUACAAUCCGCUGAGCCGCAAGGUGAAUAAGUAUAUUAGAGUGCCGGUGAUGGGCUCGGCCUACAGCGUCACUGAUCCUGAAGGGCAAAACGUCGCAAGCCAGCUAGUGCCGAUAGCAGCAGGCGUCCAGGGAAUAAUUGGCCGAAAUAGCAGUGCUUCUGUUGAGUUGGUUUUCCAAGCUGAGGCUUUGCCACCUUUAGGAUUCAAGUCCUUCUUCAUCAAGCGAGAGCUUGGAGACACUCUUACGCGCGAAGAUGCCUUUCUUCAGUUCGACUACUCAAACCAGCAGCUCUAAGUUCUUCACUGACUCCAAUGGACGGGAGAUGGUGGAGAGAGUGAGAAACUACCGCCCCACUUGGGACGUCACUGUGAAUGAAACUGAAAGCGCCAACUACUACCCCGUCACCUCCAGAAUCAUAAUCAGAGAUGAGGAAGACGAUGUGGAAUUUGCAGUUCUAACUGAUAGAGCAGAGGGCGGCGCCAGCUUGGAAGAUGGAGCUGUUGAGCUCAUGCUGCUAAGAAACACCAUCACGGACGACCUGCUUGGCGUCAAUGAGGCGUUGAUAGAGCUGCAAUACGGGCGUCCAAUCGUCGCAAAAGGCUCUCACUAUGUAGUGGCCGGCCAUAUGAGGAACCCCGCAGACUCAGAGGAAACCAUUGCAAGCAUUGAACAUGAAAUUGCCAGCCAGAAGCUCUUGGACUCAUGGAUUUUCCUCUCCCUGCCCCUGGAGGACACCUUUGAAGAAUACAAAACUUCCCAUCUAAUGGAGUUCUCUGGACUCACAAACUCCCUGCCAGCCAACGUGCAGAUUCUCACUUUGGAGCCUUGGUCCGAAGCCAGUUACCUGCUAAGAGUGGAACACAUUUUUGAAGUCGAUGAAGAUCCCGUUCUUUCCCAACCCACCACUGUAGAACUCCAGAACCUGUUUGCGACUUUCACCAUUAAGAGUUUGAGGGAAACGACGCUUGGUGGCAACCAGUGGCUGGAGGACAAUGAAAGGAUGAUCUUCAAGUCUCUUUAUCAGUCUGACGGGUUGAAUUCUCGCCCUGUUGCCGAGGAAUUGGGCGAAUUCGCCGUCACCUUAAACCCAAUGGAAAUUCGCACUUUCAUCAUCCAAAUAGAGCCGAAACUUUGAAACUUAUUUCAGUUUUUGUGCAGUUGAAUAAACGAUUAACCCGA